GACAAGUACCUUAUAUCUCAAACAUGUUCAACGAUGCCUUAGUUUUGCGGAGUUCAGCAAAAGAAUGGCCACUGGAACGCGCACCUACAAGAUAAAAGACAAAAAUUUCGAGGUUAAGUUCGAGCUUGAUACUCGCUACAAGCUGUUGGAGAAUAUAGGCAAUGGAGCCUAUGGUGUUGUGUGUUCCGCCGUUGACACCAAGAAUGGCAGUAAAGUUGCAAUCAAGAAAAUUCCCCGAGCAUUCGACGUGGUGACUACAGCCAAACGAACUUAUCGAGAGCUCAAGAUCUUGAAGCAUUUUAAGCAUGACAACAUAAUCUCCAUUAAGAAUAUUCUUAAACCUCCUGAAGAUCUGGAGCAGUUUGACGAUGUUUACGUAGUUCUAGAUUUGAUGGAAACUGAUUUACACCAUAUAAUUCAUUCUCAGCAACAGCUGACCGACGAACACGUUCGCUAUUUUCUGUAUCAGAUUCUUCGUGGAUUGAAGUACAUUCACUCUGCAAAAGUCCUGCAUCGAGAUCUGAAACCUAGCAAUUUGCUGGUCAACCAGGAUUGUGAGUUGAAGAUUGGAGACUUUGGAAUGGCCCGUGGUCUAUCUUCCUCUCCUUCAGAACAGAAGAGGGUAAUGACAGAGUAUGUAGCCACCAGAUGGUACAGGGCUCCUGAACUGAUGCUGUCGCUAAGUGAAUACUCGGAAGCAAUCGAUAUGUGGUCUGUGGGUUGUAUUUUCGCAGAAAUGCUCGGAAGGAAACAUUUAUUUCCAGGGACGAACUAUCUCAACCAGUUGCAGCUUAUCCUUAGUGUUGUUGGCACUCCAUCAGAGAGUUUCAUUGAGCGAAUGGGGGCAGAACGAGUGAAGACUUAUCUUCAGCGACUUCCAAAGAAACAACCAGUCCCACUGGAAAAGCUUUACCCCGAAGACAAAUGCCAUCCUGAAGCACUGAAUUUGCUGGGGAAAAUGUUAAAACUUGACCCAAAUGAGAGAAUAUCAGUUGGUGAUGCACUGGCUCACAAGUAUUUGAAAGAAUACCACUGCAUUGACGAUGAACCAGUGUGCUUUCCACCAUUUGAAUUUGACUUUGAGGACAUUCCUUUUACUAAAGAUGAUCUUAAAGCAAGGAUACUGAAAGAAAUUGAACAGUUUCACAAAGAAAAGUCAUUGAUUUUGUCUCCCGUUUCAAGCCUUCCAAAAGAAUUACAGUCAAGUCAAGUUUCCUCAACACAAUUAAGAAAUGAAAAUGGUCAUGGUGCACUUAAGAAAGGGAAUGGCCCAGUUUCCUCUUUGACUCUGGUGGAUGUUAAACAGAAGAUGGAGCAAAAUUUGAAGAGGAAAAAAGAGAAAGAAGAGAAUAAAAAGAAGAAGGCCAAAGCAGCUAGAAGGCAAUCUGAAAACAAAGAAAUCAAGUCAGAUGACUCCACUGGGCUCAGUGACAAAGAUAAAGAAAUGUUAGCUAGAUGGGAAAACAUGAGAAAACAAACCAAACCAUUUAUACACCCAAUUAGAAAAUACAUGCAGGACCUCAAGGAAUUAAAAGAUGAGGUUGCAGGUGGAGAUCUUCAACCAGGUACUACAGUUGCCUCACAACCAGUUGUACCCCCUGGGAGUCAUGCGCAACAGCAGUUUCAGUUCACGCAGUUUGUACCUCAGAACCAAAAUGGCUGUGUGACAGGAUUGAAAGCUGUUAAGGUCCCAAAUCAAGGGUCAAAUGUGAUGCAAACUCUACCAGGAAGUAGAAUGGCUGCACCAGGGGGAAAGAUUGUUCUUCUUGCCCCCUGUGAAGUGGCUUCUCUACCACAGUCCAUGCUAAUAAACGUUCCUGUUCCAAUGGCAACUAAACAAUUGUAUCCUGCUUCUCAGAAAUUAACAACCUACGGUCCGUCUAAACAAGUUUCUCUUACAAGCAUAAGCAGUCAAGAAAGUGUGGCUAGUGUGCAGAAUAACAGCACAACAAAUUCUGUUAGCAUGCCACUUCCGGCUAAAUCUGUUCUCACUUGUGCAAGCAGUACAGGUACUGGAAAAGCUGUCGGUAACAAUGCAAGCAAUCAAACAAAUAGUACUUCUGUUUCAUCUGCAGUAGAAAUAUCAAGUGCAGUGACUGGUGUCUUCACACAACUGCCAACAACUGCUGUGUCAUCAACCUCACUGUUGACAAGUUUGUCAUCUUCUGUUCCAGUUCUUUUGCAACAGUCAUCAAGGAGCUCUCAAACAUUUUUGACUCCCACUGUAGUUGGUCAGCCAGGAUUACCUUUAGGGGCCAAAGUUAUUAACCAAGAGGAAAUUGUGUCAACAACUGGAAACAAACCUGACUACAAUGCGAUGAGUACUCCCUCAAGGAACAUUCCUGUGAUUCUAAACAACUUGGUAAAUGCAGCAACUGUUGGUCAGGAACAACUACCAAUAAUUUCACAAACCUCAGCGAUAACUGAAUCACAUGUCAAAGUUUCUGCUGACAAAAGUAAUUCCUUGUCAAAAGCCUCAUCUCAAUUCAUAUCCACUGUAAAUGACUACUCUUUACAAAUACCUCUAUCUCUGUCAACUCAAGCUACACACACAGGGAGUAGCACUGCUCUUUCAACUGUAAGCAAUAUCUCUUGGAAUAAUGUUGUGCAAACUUGUACAGGUCAAGCAGUUCAAGCUUCUGCUAUAACACAGACCACAAGUGCUUUCCCAUCAAAUUCAACUUUCUCACAAUAUGGUUCAUCAUUUUCCUUGAGUGAUUCAGCUGUAUCAAAUGCAGCACCUUUAGAAACUGAGUUAAAUGUGUGCGGCAUGCCAGCACCUUCUCUUAUGAGUCCAAGAAGCCUUCAAGCCAUGUUACAAACCAUGCUGAGUACCACAGAUGCCCAGCUUCUUUGGAGUUCAAUGCUUAACUCUUCAGUAAUUCCACCCCCCAUCUUUAAACAAGCUGAUACUGCAAACAGUACAGCAACGAUGACCUCCACAGCAGCAGAACCCUUCCCAAAGAUAUCACCUCUUGAAAAAGGAUCAGAACAGUUCAUAUCACAGCAGAGUGAGUUCAAUACACAGGGAACUGAAGCAUCACAAGAGGACAAUGAGCUUAUCCCCGAGAGCAUCCAAGAUGCGUUUAGCGACCUCAAUGUUCAUGGGAUCACUGAGCAAGAAAGGUUAUCAGAGGAGGUAAUCUUUUCCAGUAUGCUGUCUUCUAAAGCAAAUGCAACUGGAAGUGGCUAUGGUUUAGGAAUUGAUUUUGAGGAACUUCUUGAUCAAGCUGGAAUUGUUCAGGAUCCGGUACUCAACAAUUUAUCCAGCCCUUAUAAAGAUUCCUGCUUGACGCUUCCAGGUAGCUUACCUAACAGUCCUUCACUAUCUGCUUCUCUGCUCUCUGACUGGUUGGAUGGCAAGGAUAUGCUUCCUGUUGAUAUGGAUGAGAUUCAAAAAGAGCUGGAAUCAAACUCAGUGCUUGCACUGUUCCAAGAAAUGGAUGAUUCUUGAUGUCUCUAGAUAUGUAUCGUUGUAAUAAAUUAAAUAAUGAUAAUAAUAAUAAUGAUAAUAAACUUUAUUCAAGUGUCGUGUAACUUUAGCAUGGUGUUGCUAAAUAAAUGUAAUAUUGUGUAAAUAAUUGUCAACCAUGUGGAAAACAUCACAAUUAUGCUCAGUUGUCAUUAAUUUAAAACUUAUUGGUGAUUAGCUGAACAGUUGACAUGUGUUUACGGAUUCAUGUACUGUUAUCAUGGAUUGUUGUUUUGGUCCUCACUGUUUUCAAAACACUGUGUCUGUUUGAAUGAGAGUCACCUCCUCUAAGUUAUGCUCAAUCAUGCUCAAUUAUUAUUAAUUGCAGGAUUGGCAUCCUCAUUUCUCAGAUAUCCGUUAAUUUCCAAACUGUCUUUGCACUAUUUUAUUGAUUUAAAGUAAGUUUUUAGUAUAUGAAGAAGUUAGAGAUACAGUGUCUAUGGGGAUAAAUAAUUUUUUCUGCUCUUACUUGCUUCAUUGGUGAAAAGGAAAAGUGAUGUGUUUCACUUAACUUGAUCACUGUAAUUCUUGAUCGUGAUAUACAUUUAUAGAUAUAUCAAGGCAUUGUGGGAAUUACCCUGAGGGUAAGGAAGGGGGUAAUGCAUUAGUGUUUUACUGGCAUCAUAUUAUUGACAAAGAGGGGGGUCACAUGCAACCUUGAACUACUCCUCCUCCUCUUAGAUGCCUUUUGAAUACCAGAUUGAGGCCUAUUAAAGUCAGAAGUUGAACUUUACUUUAAUUUGUGGAUUGUAAUAUAAAUGGGUUACAACAAAGGAUUUUUCAAACUUGCAAUUAAAUUUUUUCAUCUUGUUAAGACUGAAGUUUGAUCUGGGAUCAAGGUUCACUCAUUUUAGCAAGAAUUUAAAAAAUUAGACUAUUUUUAACAAAUAACACUUUUUAUUAUAAAUAUGUCUGACUAAACAAUUUGUACAAGUUACAGCUACAAGAGAAAGGACAAUAAAUCUCAU